AAUAUUAUACUACUUCUUCAACUGAUUCGACUUCAUCGAUAUCAGAUGAUUCUGAUAAUUCGAUUUCAUUCGAAACAAACCAAACUUCAAAUUCAUCAAAAUUUAUGUUUCUCAAUCCACAUUUAAAUUAUAAACAUUUUAUCUCUAAAUCAUCUCAAAUAUCUGAAAAUAUAAAAAAUCGAAACAUCAAAGAUGCAAACGUUGAAUUAGUGAAUUCGUUAUAUAUAACCUUUUGUAAUUUGACAACUCAAUUAAAUGCUAAAAGAAAUAAGAGAAAUGAAACUACCAAAAUCAUAAACCAAACGAAAUUAGAAGAAUUAAGAGAAGAAUUAAUUGAAAAAGCAAAGGUAUUAAAAGAAGAAAUUCAAAAAGACGAGCUUGAACUUGAAAAAAUUGAAAAAGAAAUGUUACAAGAAGGUUUAAAGAUUCCGAAUGAUACACAUCACGAAGUUAUUGUUGGAGGAGAAGGAUUGGCUAAAGUAGUAAAAACUGUUGGUGUACCGUUAGAUUCAACACAAAAAGGAGGAAAUGUAGUUAAAGAUCAUAUGACGAUUGCACGAGAAUUAGACUUGAUAGAUUUAGAAUCAGCAUCAAAUGUAACUGGAACAAGUUGGUAUUACCUUCGGAAUGCAGGUGCAUUAUUGGAAUUAGCAUUGAUUCAAUAUGCAAUUUAUAAAGUUAUUUCUAAAGGAUAUACACCGAUAAUUACGCCUGAUGUUGUAAAAACUGAAUAUAGUGAUGGAUGUGGAUUUCAACCAAGGGAUGGAGAGGUAUCACAAAAUUAUUUUGUGAUAACAUCACCUAUGGGUAGUGUAGGAACAGAAGCAACGUCAUUUACAUUAACGGGAACAGCAGAAAUUCCACUUGCAGGAAUUUAUUCAGAUAAAAUUAUCCCGUCAUCUCAGUUACCAAUAAGAAUGGUAGGGUUUGGAAGAGCUUUUAGAGCCGAAGCAGGAUCUAGAGGACAAGAUACAAAAGGAUUGUAUCGUGUACAUCAAUUCAGCAAAGUUGAAAUGUUUUGCUUGACAUCUCCAGAAGAAAGUGAAGAAAUGUUGAAAGAGAUUGUGAAUAUACAAGAAGAAAUAGUUAAAGAUCUAGGGUUAUGUUAUAGGAUAUUAGACAUGCCGACUUAUGAACUUGGAGCAAGUGCGUAUCGUAAAUAUGAUAUGGAAGCUUGGAUGCCAGGUCGUGGUAAAUGGGGUGAAAUAUCAUCGGCAUCUAACUGCACAGACUAUCAAUCCCGGCGCCUGAAUAUUCGACACAAGCCAUCAUUACCAUCAUCAAAUGAUAGUACAAUUGAUGGUACAAGACAUAGACAACAUUCAGCGGAAUUUGUUCAUACAUUAAACGGAACCGCAAUUGCCGUGCCGAGGAUUAUUAUUGCAAUUCUUGAAAAUUUCCAAAGAGAUGAUGGGAAAAUUAGUAUACCUGAAGUAUUAAAAAAGUGGAUGGGUG